CAAUUUGGGAAGCUCACCAGUCACCACAUCCUUCGGUGAGAGCACGGUGUGCGUAGCCGAUAAGCCCACGGCCCGGAAUGGCCUCCAUGGGCAUCGUCAGAGCAUGCGCGCCUCCCGCCGCCGCCGCCGCCGCCGCACCCUCCAGGGACGCUGCCAAGAGCAGGCCCUCGAGGAGCGCCCGCGUGCUCGUGCUGGGCGGCACCGGCCGCGUCGGCGGCUCCACGGCCACCGCGCUCUUCAAGCUCCGCCCCGACCUCAACAUCCUCGUCGGAGGCAGGAACCGGGAGAAAGGUGAAUCCUUUGCAUCUAAACUCGGAGAGCAAUCCGAGUUUGUCCAAGUUGAUACCCGCAAGGCGAGCAUGUUGGAGGAAGCGCUACAGGAUGUGGAUAUAGUUGUCCAUACUGCUGGGCCUUUCCAAAGGCAGGAAAAGUGCACCGUAUUGGAGGCAGCAAUAUCUACUAAGACAGCGUAUAUUGAUGUUUGCGAUGACACGGACUAUUCGUGGAGAGCAAAAAGCUUCCACGAACAAGCAAAAGCUGCUGGUGUUCCAGCUAUUACUACUGCUGGCAUAUAUCCUGGAGUCAGCAAUGUUAUGGCUGCUGAACUUGUCCAUGCUGCCAGAAGUGAAAAUGCUGGCGAACCUGAAAGACUAAGAUUCUUCUACUAUACUGCAGGUUCUGGUGGUGCUGGCCCAACAAUACUGACAACAAGUUUUCUGCUUCUUGGGGAGGAUGUAAUUGCAUAUAACAAGGGAGAAGAAAUCAAAUUGAAGCCCUACAGUGGAGCUCUGAGCAUUGAUUUUGGAAAGGGGGUCAGAAAGAAAAAUGUUUACUUAUUGAAUUUGCCUGAAGUGAAGAGUGCUUUUAAGAUUUUAGGUGUGCCAACUGUUAGUGCUCGAUUUGGUACUGCUCCUUUCUACUGGAAUUGGGGAAUGCAGGCUUUCGCAAACUUUUUACCUGUUGAGUACUUGAGGGAUAAAAAUAAGGUCCAAAAGUUGGUCGAGUCUGUUGAUCCCUUGGUUAGAGCCGUUGAUGGCAUUGUAGGAGAGCGUGUCUCCAUGAGAGUAGACUUGGAAUGUUCAAAUGGCCGGAAUACUAUUGGAUUAUUUACUCAUAAAAAAUUAUCUUUGUCGGUGGGCUAUGCAACAGCAGCGUUUGUUUUAGCAGUUCUUGAGGGCAACACACAACCCGGUGUUUGGUUUCCAGAAGAACCGGAGGGAAUAGCAAUCGAAGCAAGGAAGCUGCUUCUUGAGCGUGCAUCUCAAGGGACAACCAACUUCGUGAUGAACAAGCCUUCUUGGAUGGUAGAAACUGAUCCGAAGGAAGUUGGCCUAGGAAUUUAUGUGUGAGAAGCAAGCUUUAAAUCACGAUUUUCGCGGCUUCAUGGCAUAGUCCUAGAAAAGCUACAUAAGCUGUCGCGGGAGCUAUCCUUUGACGAGUUUUAGUAUUAGCAAAUAAAAAAAUUAAAACUUUUACAUAAUAUAGUUCAUGUUUGGAAAAAUUAUUAAGAUAUUGUACAAGCGAAUGUACUAAAUAUAAUAUAUUAAUACUAUAUGUCAUAAUAUUCUUAAUAGAA